AUGUUGUACAGAGUUUUCGUUUUCAGUUCCUCCUGUUGUAGCUGACUUUAUUGCGGAGAAAUAUCACUAGUAUAAUACAAAAUUUACAAGCAGACAAUUCUCUCUCUCCCUCUCUCUCUUUGUCAGCAUCUUCUGUCCGUUUGUUCUUCCCGGAGAAAAAUCCGAUUCUAUCCUCGCCCCGUAAUAGUCAAUUAAAAAGGCCUAAAAGGGGUUUCUGACAAAGCACUUUGGUGUUCUGUUACACCCUCUUAACCAUUUUGUGGGUUUCUCUCGCUUAUGAUGCCCAAAAAAACCGACUUAGGGUUGCAAUCCUUUGCUCCUGUUUGUCGUGUGGCUAGAGAUUGAGCUUACCCCACUUGGGUUUCAUAAGGAAGAGUGAUGCAUGUGAAAAUUAUUGUCUUCUUUUUGUUCAGUGUUUGCAUCUGAGCUGUGCUUGAGCAGUUUAGUUCCUCUAUCUUCAAUUGUCUUCUUUGGGUUAUUUGUUCGAAUAGCUUUUGGGUGUUUCAAUGAAGUCUGUAUUGAUUCAUUCUUUUAGUUUUGCUCGACUCCCAUAGCCUCUGGUUGUUUUGGUUCAUUUUAUGGUGGCUGUGGAUUCCUUGCUCUAUUUAGGUAGAUAGAAAGUGAGGUUUGAAUUCAGGUAUAAAAAUUAGAGCAAAUUUGAGUAGGACUAUUGUUGGUUUGAUUUUCAGAAUUUGAUUCUAAAAAGAAUACCCAAGAUGGGUCUGAAUCAGUUAUUGGUUUGGAGAUUGAAAAUUUAAAGAAUUGUGUCUUCAAUCAUUUUGUGUGAUUAGAUUUGACUUUCUUUCUAUUUGAUUUGAAAAUUUGGUUCUAGAUUUAGAGUUGUGUUUAAUUUUGUGGGUUUUAUAUCUCGACAAGGGGAUAUCAGAGAUACAAUUUGUGGAAGCUAAAAAAUUCAGUAGGAAUUGAGUUUCAGAUGGCUGCAACAGUAGAAAUUGAUGAUCACAAUGAGAACGACAACGGCAAUAUGUGGGUAUUGGAUCAGAAGCUUGAUCAGCCCAUGGAUGAGGAGGCUGGCAGGCUCAAGAAUAUGUACAGAGAAAAGAAGUUCUCCUCCUUAUUGCUUCUGCGGCUUGCAUUCCAAAGUCUUGGAGUAGUUUAUGGAGACUUGGGAACUUCUCCAUUAUACGUUUUCUACAAUACUUUUCCUCGCGGAAUCGGAGAUCCAGAAGAAGUGGUUGGGGCUCUUUCAUUGAUAAUAUACUCUCUUACUCUUAUCCCACUCCUCAAGUACGUAUUCAUUGUAUGUAGAGCAAACGACAAUGGUCAAGGUGGAACAUUUGCUCUUUAUUCAUUGCUUUGUCGACAUGCAAAAAUAAAAACUAUUCCGAACCAACACCGGACUGAUGAGGAAUUAACAACGUAUAGUCGUUCCACUUUCCAUGAGCAAUCAUUUGCUGCAAAAACCAAGAGAUGGUUGGAGAGCUGUGCAUCCAGAAAGAAUGCACUUCUCAUUCUUGUCCUUGUGGGUACCUGCAAUGUAAUAGGGGAUGGGAUUCUUACCCCAUCUAUAUCAGUUCUGUCAGCUGCUGGUGGGAUUAAGGUGGAUCAUCCAAAUAUGAGUAAUAGUAUGUUUUUACUUUUGAGAGCAGUGUGUCUUUCAAUCUCUACUGUUCUUCUCUCAAAUCUGUCGCUGUUUAUAAAUUAUAUAGUUACUCCCGUUGCUUGUGGUACAGGUGUAGUAGUGGUUGUUGCUGUCAUAAUAUUAGUAGGAUUGUUCAGCAUGCAACACUAUGGAACGGAUAAGGUUGGCUGGCUCUUUGCUCCGAUUGUGCUUCUUUGGUUUCUUUUGAUUGGAGGUGUUGGGUUGUUCAACAUAUGGAAGUAUGAUAAAAGCGUUUUGAAGGCGUUCUCACCCGUUUAUAUAUAUCGGUAUUUCAAAAGGGGAGGAAAAGAUGGUUGGACCUCUCUUGGUGGUAUUAUGCUGAGUAUAACAGGGACGGAGGCGCUGUUUGCUGACCUAGCCCAUUUUCCGCUCUCAGCUGUACAGCUUGCUUUCACAGUAAUUGUAUUUCCUUGCCUUCUCUUAGCCUAUUGUGGACAAGCUGCAUACCUUAUAAAUAACAAGGAACAUGUUAUUGAUGCAUUUUAUCGUUCUAUACCAGAUGGCAUAUAUUGGCCAAUGUUUAUUGUUGCAACUGCAGCUGCUAUUGUAGCAAGUCAGGCUACCAUAUCUGCAACAUUUUCAAUAAUCAAGCAAGCUCUAGCACAUGGUUGUUUCCCGAGAGUCAAAGUUGUUCAUACAUCAAAGAAGUUCCCUGGCCAGGUGUAUAUUCCGGAUAUUAAUUGGAUCCUUAUGUUGCUUUGCAUUGCUGUGACUGCUGGAUUCAAGAAUAAAAACCAAAUUGGAAAUGCUUAUGGGACAGCGGUCGUAGUAGUCAUGCUGAAUACCACACUGAUUAUGACUUUAAUCAUGAUAUUAGUGUGGCGCUGCCAUUGGUUUUGGGUACUGCUCUUUACUGGCUUGUCACUGGUCGUGGAGUGUACUUAUUUCUCUGCUGUACUCUUUAAGGUUGAUCAAGGCGGGUGGGUUCCUCUUGUAAUUGCAGCGGCCUUUCUUGUCAUCAUGUAUGUUUGGCAUUAUGGUACCGUGAAAAGGUAUGAAUUUGAGAUGCACAGCAAGGUUUCCAUGGCAUGGAUUCUUGGCCUUGGCCCCAGUUUAGGACUGGUCCGGGUUCCAGGCAUUGGGCUUGUGUACACCGAACUGGCUAGUGGGGUGCCACACAUCUUUUCCCACUUCAUAACAAAUCUACCUGCCAUCCAUUCUGUAGUUGUUUUUGUCUGUGUGAAGUACCUUCCUGUAUACACAGUUCCAGAAGAAGAGAGGUUCCUUGUGAAGCGUAUUGGACCCAAGAACUUCCACAUGUUCCGUUGCGUUGCAAGGUAUGGCUAUAAAGACCUGCAUAAGAAAGAUGAAGAUUUUGAAAAGAAGCUCUUUGAUAACCUCUUCCUGUUUCUGCGGCUUGAGCAUAUGAUGGAAGGGUGUUCAGACUCCGACGAGUACAGUUUAUACGGCCAGCGAACAGAGCAGUCGAGAGAUUGCCUUUUGAGUUAUAAUAAUGGAAACACAACUUCCUCCAGUAUCGAUCUCACAUUCUCAACUGUGGACUCAAUUGCACCCAUCAAGUCUCUGACGAACGGGGAUUUGACUGUCAAGUCAUAUGGUCAAGCGAGCAGCCAGACAGAGGUGGAUGAAGUAGAAUUUUUAAGUCAUUGUAGAGAUGCUGGGGUGGUGCACAUACUAGGAAAUACAGUGGUUAGAGCAAGAAGGGAUUCUAGAUUAUACAAGAAGAUAGCAGUUGAUUAUAUAUAUGCAUUUCUUCGGAAGAUAUGUAGGGAGAAUAGUGUGAUCUUCAAUGUUCCUCAUGAAAGUCUCUUGAAUGUUGGACAGAUAUUCUAUGUAUAAUAUUUUGAAUAACUACAACUGCUAUUUGUCAAUGUAAUGUUGCAUUAUUGGGGUUUUUUUUGUCCCCCUGAAGAGGAGUCUCUGCUAUGUUAUUGCUUUAAGUGGAAACGUUAUUGCUCA